GUACUGUAACCAAAUUCCAAGUUAGCCUUUGAACAUAAACACCAAUACUACUCAGAAGAGAACCGGAUUUGAUGGCUUACCACAGCAGAGCGCUGAACAGACUGUGUGGAAUUUUUGGUUUCCCUUCGCAUUUAUAGGCAACCAGUAGAGGGCGCCAAAAAUCACCCGUCACAGGACAAUUAUGAAACAUAUUUUAGCAAGAAUUUCAUCUGUAUAUCAAAUACCCGUUACAUACACCCACCUGAAAUUUUGCUUGAUAUGAAAAGUAAUGCUUCAGACCAAACAAAACAAAAACAAACAAAUAAAGUGGGUGUACUAAGGGAAAAGCAAAACAAAGUGUGCAACACUAGGAACAAAACUGGGUAUACUUGUCAGUGCAAAACUCUCCAAAAAAAGAGUAUGUAAAGAAAGGAGGCGAUCACACUUCUAGCUAAACAUAGACUCAAAAGUGCCCAUUACACCUCUGAAAUGUAAACACUGUUCCUGUGAUCUUAAAAGUGCUACUCAAGCACUUCUAUGAUUAACCAGUGUGGACAUCACUGUCUUCCAUCACAUCAGGUACAUCUGGAUGUAGACCACUUCCAUGCAUAGCAGCAGCAUUCAUGGUCCUCAGCACUCUCACAGGGAAAGAAGCUAACAGAGAGUAGCAGGUUUCUUUGGACAACUUCCUCUCUGCCCAUUAGGACAUCCUUAACUUAUUAGGACAUUGAUAUCCGGCUUGACCGAUAUGACCUCAUGAGGGGUAGAUUCCCACUUGUCUGCAACCUUGCGUUUCCCCGGCAUUCCUCUGUUGGCGAUCAGUACUCUGUCUCCAAUGACAACAGGUGAUCAUUUGAUCUUGCGGUUGUAUAGCUUGGCAUGGCGAGUCUGUUCCUUGAGACUGUUUUUCUGCACAAUCUGAGUAGCCUUGUGCAUAUCCUUCUUUAGGUGAGAAACAAAGUCUGAGUAGUUGACAAUAGUAUAAUUGGUGAGGGCAUGUUGAAACAUCACAUCAACAGGUAGACAAGGGAUCCUUCCAAACACCAGCUAGAAUGGUGCAAACCCUGUUGUCUCAUGCUCUGUGCAGUUAUAGGAGAAGGUUAGUAGCUGCAGAAUGUGUGGCCACUUUGCUUUUGGCUGAGGGGGGAGGGAUCUGAUCAUGUUUCCCAGAGUCCUGUUGAAUUGCUCUGCGACACCAUUGCCCUUGGGGUGGUAAGGGGUUGUAUGAGAUUUCUGUACCCCAGCUAUCUCUAGAAGCUCCUUGAUUAGCUUGCUCUCAAAGUUGGCCCCUUGGUCAGAAUGUAUACGGCGAGGAAACCCAUAAAUGAGAAAGAAGUUGUUCCAGAGACGACAAAUGAUCAGUCACAACUAGAACAUCCACAGACUUGUUCCCUUGCUCAGCAGUCCAAAAGUCUAUGCAGACUAAUUCUAUAGGCUCAGUAGUGACUAUGUUUUGGAGUGGCGCUCGGCUGUGCGGUUCCAAUGUCUUCCCUAUAAUGCAGCGCUGACAGUGCCGAACAUAGUUCAUGACAUCACGUCCCAUGUCAGUCCAGAAAAAGCUUUGCCUCACCAGAGAAAAGGUAUUGUGCUGACCUUGGUGGCCUGCUGCAUCAUGGAGACCAUGGAGAAUUUCUGCUUCAUUGAGUCAGGAACCAAUAAGCACUGAGAACUCUGCUCACCUCCGCCGACUGCGCACCUAUGAUGGAACGGGCGAUGGAGCAGCUUAAUGUACAGCUCAGUCGACUGACCCGCUCGCUCCGCCGGGCCAGAACCGUGGAACUUCCAGAAGACAAUGAGACUGCAGUCUACACACUUAUGCCAAUGGUAAUGGCUGACCAGCACAGAUCUGUGUCAGAGUUGCUCCUCAACUCCAAGUUUGAUGUGAACUACGCCUUUGGACGGGUAAAGAGAAGUUUACUACACAUCGCUGCCAAUUCAGCACUGGGCCGCCUUCUGCUAUCCACCACUCCAUGCCAGUCCUCGUUUUUUGUCUUGGAAGAUCUGUUUCUGUUCUCCUGUUUAAGCUGUGGUUCCGUGGAGUGUCUGGUUUUACUGCUGAAGAGAGGAGCCAAUCCAAACUAUCAGGACAUCUCAGGCUGUACCCCUCUCCACCUAGCUGCUAGGAAUGGACAGAAGAAGUGCAUGGGCAAAUUAUUGGAAUAUAACGCUGAUGUCAAUAUCUGCAACAAUGAGGGCCUGACUGCUAUACACUGGUUGGCAGUAAAUGGACGAACAGAACUUCUGCAUGAUCUGGUCCAGCAUGUAUCUAAUGUGGAUGUGGAGGACGCCAUGGGACAAACUGCAUUACAUGUAGCAUGUCAGAACGGACACAAAACGACGGUGUUGUGUCUACUGGACAGUGGAGCUGACAUCAACCGGCCAAAUGUAUCUGGAGCCACACCUCUUUACUUUGCUUGCAGCCAUGGCCAGAGAGACACAGCACAGAUUCUCCUGUCUCGUGGUGCCAAAUACCUUGCUGACAAAAAUGGAAUCACUCCUUUGGACCUCUGUGUGCAGGUGGCUUGUUCAGCUCCACUUACUGGUGGAUAUGGGGAGACCUGUGAGAUUCUUAUCCAGCACCAUGCUAGAUUAUUCCAGAUGCUGAUCCAGAUGACACAGAAUGAGGAUGUUAAAGAGAAUAUGCUCAGGCAGGUUUUGGAACAUGUCUCUCAGCUGAGUGACAGUCAUUACCAGAGGGUUUUGACCAGUCUUGCAGAAGUUGCUACCACAAAUGGACACAAGCUUCUCAGUCUGUCCAGUAGUUAUGAGGCUCAGAUGAAAAGUCUUCUAAGAAUUGUUCGUAUUUUCUGCCACGUGUUCCGACUUGGGCCUUCUUCACCCAGCAAUGGCAAUGAUAUGGGCUACAAUGGUAACAAGACAUCUCGGAGCCAGGUCUUUAAGCCCUUGGAGCUGCUUUGGCACUCGCUGGAUGAGUGGCUGAUGCUCAUCUCUACAGAGCUGGAAAGAACCAGGAAAAACCCAUCUUCCCCCUCCUCCUCCAGCAGUGAGAUAGCAUCCCUUUUGCUCAAGCAGCGAGAGUCGGACCACUAUAGCACCACACCGAAGCUCUCUUUGCUGGAUCACCACAUUGUGAUGGAAGCAGAGGCCUAUGUUGAUGGGGAGGAUGUGAUUUCCAUGACUGCUAACCGACUCAGUGCUGUUAUUCAGGCCUUCUAUAUGUGCUGCUCAUGUCAGAUGCCACUCGGAAUGACCUCCCCACGCUUUAUAGAGUUUGUCUGCAAGCACGACGAGGUGCUCAAAUGUUUUGUAACCAGGAAUCCAAAGAUCAUCUUUAACCAUUUCCAUUUUCUGCUUGAGUGUCCAGAGUUGAUGUCACGUUUUAUGCACAUUAUUAAGAACCAGCCUUUUAAGGAUCGCUGUGAGUGGUUCUACGAGCAUCUGCUGGCUGGCCAGCCAGACUCAGACAUGGUCCAUCGUCCUGUUAAUGAGAGCGACAUCCUUCUCAUCCACAGAGGUGUGCGGUGGGAGCCUGCUGGAAAAGAAAUGUCUCUAGACUCCAUAUUCAGGAGCAGCUGUGAGAUGGUUUCCAAGUCCACUAAUGAAAAGCUCAAACGGGGUAUAGCUGUUCGCUUUCAUGGUGAGGAAGGCAUGGGCCAGGGUGUGGUUCGGGAGUGGUUUGACAUCUUGUCCAAUGAAAUCAUCAACCCUGACUAUGCUCUGUUCACCCAAUCAGCUGAUGGUACAACCUUCCAGCCAAACAGCAACUCGUCAGUGAAUCCAGACCAUCUGAACUACUUCCAGUUUGCGGGCCAGAUUUUAGGUCUGGCCCUCUACCACCGACAACUGGUCAACAUCUACUUCACCCGCUCAUUCUACAAACACAUACUGGGUAUUCCAGUGAACUACCAGGAUGUCUCCUCUAUCGAUCCAGAGUAUGCUAAAAACCUGCAGUGGAUCUUGGACAAUGACAUCAGUGAUCUGGGUCUAGAACUAACCUUUUCUGUUGAGACAGAUGUGUUUGGAGCGAUGGAGGAAGUACCCCUCAAACCAGGAGGGAGCAGCAUCCUGGUCACUCAAGACAACAAGGCGGAGUAUGUCCAGCUGGUGACGGAGCUGAGGAUGACAAGAGCCAUCCAGCCUCAGAUAAAUGCCUUCUUGCAAGGAUUCCACACCUUCAUUCCCCCGUCGCUCAUACAGCUUUUUGACGAAUAUGAAUUGGAGCUUCUGCUGUCAGGGAUGCCAGAGAUUGAUGUAGAGGAUUGGUGCAGAAACACGGAGUACACCAGUGGCUAUGACCCUGAAGAUCCUGUGAUCCAGUGGUUUUGGAAGGUGGUAAGGAGCCUCACCCAGGAAGAACACAUUUUACUGCUUCAGUUUGUCACUGGAAGUUCUAGGGUUCCUCAUGGGGGUUUUGCUUAUCUGAUGGGUGGGAGUGGCUUGCAGAAGUUCACAAUUGCUGCUGUGCCAUAUACCUCCGACUUGCUGCCUACUUCCAGCACCUGUAUCAACAUGCUGAAACUGCCAGAAUACCCAAGCCGGGAGGUUCUCAGAGACCGACUGCUAGUAGCUCUGCAUUGUGGGAGCUAUGGAUACACCAUGGCCUAAACAUCCUGUUGCUAUGAGGGUCUUCAGUUCUUCUCAGUUGCUGGGCUUGUAACUCAAAUAGAGAAUAUUAUUAUUAUUUUUUUAAACAAAAUGCUGAAAACAAAAUGCUUAAUUUUUUUUAACACAGACCACAGGUUCCCUUACACAUAUGUGCCAGCAUUUGUUGUUUGAAGCAUUACAUUUGCAAAGUGGUAGUUAAUGAAAAAUAUAUUUUAUCAUCUCAUAUACUUAUCAAUCCAUACUGUUUACAUCAAAAACAUUUUUUACUGAAGAUGCACAGAAAUAGUAGAAAUGGUGGUGAAUGCUGAAUAUCACAUAUCAGAGGAGUUUAAAGAGCUCUCUGUGUUUCAAGAGUUGAUAAUUUUUAUAUAUAAUCAUUACAAUUUAAUCAUAUUAGAAGUAUAAGGUGAUGUUAGGUCUAGCGGAUAUACUGGAACGAAAUUAUUGUUUUCUUUUAUUCUUUAGGCCACUAAAGAAGCAGAAUAAGGACAUUGCCAAUAUUAGCCCGAGUUGUAAAAAAAAAAAAAAAGCUAUUCUUUGUAAAAAAACAAAUUGUCUCUUGCUUUUGUAAAAUCAAAACAUAAGUUGCCAACAUAUUGAAGUCACCACACAUAUAAGGCAGUUUCAGGUUAUAUUUGCCCCUUCCACGAGGUAAAAAAUGUGUCCCUUCCUACUACACUUAAAAUAGAUUGGUUAGGCCAUAUACAAUCUAUACAUAUGUAACAUGUUUUAAACUUGUCUAUGGUAAAGACGUGUAUCCAAUUUUUUGGAUUGCCCUUUUUUUGGUGGUGGUUGUAGGGAGGGGGUGCUUGAGUUAUGGAGAUGUUAAAAAUAAUCAUGUAAUGUUUUUACUGUCACUUAAGAUGCAUAAAUUCUGGAGGCCUAAUUGAAGCAUAAUUAAUUAUUUUUCAACCUGUAAGUUAUGUGUUACUAUUGUGUAUAUUGUACUGGGCUAAAUGUAAGGAUUUCUGCAGGCAGAAGGGAAACACAUUAUAUGCUGAGUCCUUGUUUUAAAUGUCUACUAGGCGGGUACAAAAUGUCUUUUGCGAUGAGUUCCAGCGGUGGGCAUGGUUUGUACAAAACACCCCAUAGCAAACAGUAACCAUUAAGUACCUGAAAGUCUGGUAUGAAAUGAUCAAAUUACAAAUAUAUGGAAUGGCAAAGGG